UCGAUAUUUUCUCUCCAUUCCUUCCUUCCUUUCCACCCAGUCAGUCCCUAGGCUAGUGUCGUUCUCUCUCUUCCCCCCGACCUCCCCUUUCUCUCGCAUGCGCCUCUCCUUGCCUUCCUAACCUGAAACUCAAAGGCCUUGCGAACCGCAAUGCUAAUAUAUUGAUUAAAUUUACACUAGUUGCAGCUUGAACCGUUUAAUUUUCCUACUCAGACUGCAUCAAGUGUUCAUUUGGAACAUUUGGUUCCUUGAAUUUCUAGUUCUCGAAAUCUAUCAUGCGCAAAAGUUUAUUUCCGGGAACCCCUCGAUAAUCUGGAAGGGUUUUUCAGUUACUAUGCUGGGUAUACCAUCUUGCUUUUAUUUCAAAGCGUGGAUUCGGAUGUGAUUAUGAAUUUGUUUCUAUAUUUGGACUGUGGAAUUUUAUGGGAGACGGUGGACAAACCCACUACGACGCCGUGCGGGAAUUUUGAAUCUUUUAUGAUUUCUGGUGCAGUGUAAUUAUUUUGUUUCAUUUUCCAUGGAAUCCAUGCCCGAUGUAUUGUACAUAAGCUCCGAUGAAGAACUUGGUUUGGAGGAGGGACUCAAAGGCGUCGACUAUGAUUGGAUUAAGGAGUUUCUGGGCAUGUCUGACAAAGAAUCGGACGAUUCCGACGAUGUUAUCGUAGUCCAUGAGCAAAAACCCGAACCGAAGUCAAAGUCUUCGAGGCCGGUAGCGAAAGAGUCAGAUGAUGAUUGCGUAGUUCUGGAUGGCGAUCCUGAGAACGAAAUCUCAUCCGUGAACAAGUCGGCAACUGAAUCGGACGAGUUGAUCGUCGUGGGCGAGAAGGGUCAGAUUGCAUGUAGGGACUAUCCUCAUCCUCGCCAUCACUGUGCUACAUUUCCGUUCUCUUCCACCCCCCAUGAGAGUCACUGCGAAAAGUGCCACUGUUACGUCUGUGAUUUGCCAGCCCCUUGUCCAAAGUGGGGUACCGGCAUUUCCAGUACUGAUCAUUGUCAUGCAACUGAAAAGGUUGAGAUGUGGAAAAUUCAGAGGAAAAAUUUCAAGCUGAAGAAGAGUGCUCCCUUACCAGCUUCAACUAUUUAUGGUAAUUCACUCCCUUUGGACCAUUCCCAGCAAAACCAAGUUCUGCCACUUGGCAUUAGUCAAUUGUCCACAAAUUCCAUUUCACAGAUUCAGGCAUCCCGAUUGACCACAACACAUACUAUCCCACAAAAUAAUGACCAUUGGUCUCCUAUAAUCCAUGCUUGCUCCUCCUCACUGAAUUCUACCAUUCAGAAUCAGGUCUCCAGGGCAAAUACCAUCCCUAUGUGCCCCUCAACAACUAACUUUACGGUUCCAAAUGGCAUCAACCAUGGUAGAUGUCAGGAGUCAGCAUCUACUUUCAUCAGGAACAGAUCCCCGACUUCCUUUGUUCCUAGGCCUGGGCUGGGUGUACGUAAUAAUGCAUUCCAAAGGGAUCGGCGGCGAGGUUUGAGUAACUUACGCCCUCAGUAUUCUCGUUUUAUAAUCUCUAAUGGGCUAGGUAAUGCCGGGGGAACCCUGACUGUGAACCAUUCUGCUCAUGAUUCAUCUGGCUAUAGCAAUCAUGUCAAUCCUGCAGUACGGGGUAGCAAAUAUUAUGAUUCUCCAGGCUUAUCAAAUGACAGAACUCACAAUAGGUGGAAUAAUGGUUGGCUCCCUGCAAACUUGUCUUCAUGCCCUCAUAUAAGCUCUGCAAGGCCCAGCUUAAACUUCAAUGGUGAAAAUACCGUAGCUUCUGAAAUCCAAGCAUACACUCAGCCAUCCCGUUUGGAAAAUAGCCAGAGUUUUUAUCAAUCUUGUGUUCAAGGUAAUGAUGCUCUUUCAAAGGGUGUGGCUUGCCUGAGUAGCAAUCUGCAUGGGAAUGGGCAUCAAAUUGGGAGCCAAAUUGAAAAUGCCAGUGUUGAUGUCUCUCAAUGGGGAAAGGUGAAUCAAGAUUCCUGUCAACAAGAACUUCUUGAUAAUCGUGGGGAAACUGCGACAAAGGCUGUUCAUUCAUUUGUUGACUUGGUGUGGAAUGAGAAUUCCAGCCAAAACGUUGAACCUCAGAUUGAAAGUUCUCAGCCACCAAUCCCAGGGGCUACUAACCAACCUCCCGACACGAACGAUCCUGGUCUGCUGUUUGCUGGAAGCGCCCACCUUGCUGAUUUUGAGGACUGGCUCAUGGAAAAAGAUAAUGCUCUGCCUUCUGAGCUGAAUAUUUUAUCCCCCGAUCCUAUUUUCUGUGAUUUUGACGCGUCCUGGAAUGGUCUGGCCAUGCAUAACUGAGAAACAACAUUUCAAAACUCCGUGGUCUGAGAUGAUGUCCUAAUUGUACAGUUCUUACAUUUCAACCAUGCUAGGCUUUGAUCCCCGUUGUUAGGUUGGAUGUAAACAUGCUAGCAUAACCUAUUCUAGUUUUUACUUUCAGCUUGGUGCAUGGAUUUACUGGUGUAAUGCUUGAAUUCAGAAAAUGUAACCUUAGGAAUCUCGUUUAAAUUAAUAUGCUAUAUUACAUGAAUCAUCAGUAUGUUUAUGCAGGUUUUAGGAA